CCGGUGCACGCCGGGACGGCCGGCGGCGGCUGCCAGGCAGGUGGCCGCGGGCGGGAGCUGAGCAAUGCGGGGCCGGGGAGGGGGCUGACUCCUGACGCUCCGCCGAGCGCUCGGGGCCGGCGGGAAGGACACCCACCUGCGUCGCCUCCUGGUGGGGGGGUUUCCCCUCCUCCUUCUCGUCGCUGCUGACGCGCCGCUGCCUAUUAAUCAUUCACCAGCCGGAGAGCGGCAAUUAACGCCGCUCGGCUCGGCGGCGGCGGCGGCGGCAGCCUCCUCCCUCCUCAUGCCAGCCUCGGGCGGGAGACAACGCUGCGGCUCCGCCAGGGUGCCGAGCCGGGCGGGCGCCCAGCGCCGGCCGCUGUGAGCCCGCGGGCGGGGAGGGCUGGGCUGAGGAUGCUCCCCAAUGGCACCUGCCCCAGGCUCCCGGGCGGUGCAGGUGGCGGCAGCGGCAGCGGCAGCAGCGGCGGCGCGAGCGGAGGGAGCUGCUGUAGCAGCGGCAGCGCCGGCGGGGUCCUGGGGCAGGCAGCGGCGGGGGGCAUGGAGGCGGGCGGCAGGAACUCCUCCGGCGCCCCGAACGGCACCCUGAGCGACUCGCAGGGCAGCGCCAUCCUCAUCUCCUUCAUCUACUCCGUGGUGUGCCUGGUGGGGCUGUGCGGCAACUCCAUGGUCAUCUACGUGAUCCUGCGCUACGCCAAGAUGAAGACGGCCACCAACAUCUACAUCCUCAACCUGGCCAUCGCCGACGAGCUGCUGAUGCUCAGCGUGCCCUUCCUGGUCACCUCCACCCUGCUGCGCCACUGGCCCUUCGGCUCGCUGCUCUGCCGCCUGGUGCUCAGCGUGGACGCCAUCAACAUGUUCACCAGCAUCUACUGCCUGACGGUGCUCAGCGUGGACCGCUACAUCGCCGUGGUGCACCCCAUCAAGGCGGCCCGCUACCGCCGGCCCAGCGUGGCCAAGAUGGUCAACCUGGGCGUCUGGGUGCUCUCCAUCCUCAUCAUCCUGCCCAUCAUCAUCUUCUCCAGCACGGCGCCCAACAGCGACGGCACGGUGGCCUGCAACAUGCUCAUGCCCGAGCCCACCCAGCGGUGGCUGGUGGUCUUCGUGGUCUACACCUUCCUGAUGGGCUUCCUGCUGCCCGUGGUGGCCAUCUGCCUCUGCUACAUCCUCAUCAUCGCCAAGAUGCGCAUGGUGGCGCUCAAGGCCGGCUGGCAGCAGCGCAAGCGCUCCGAGCGGAAGAUCACCCUCAUGGUCAUGAUGGUGGUGAUGGUCUUCGUCAUCUGCUGGAUGCCCUUCUACAUCGUGCAGCUGGUCAACGUCUUCGUGGAGCAGGACGACGCCACCAUCAGCCAGCUCUCCGUCAUCCUGGGCUACGCCAACAGCUGCGCCAACCCCAUCCUCUACGGCUUCCUCUCGGACAACUUCAAGAGGUCCUUCCAGCGGCUCUUGUGCCUCAGCUGGAUGGACAACGCCACGGAGGAGCCCGUCGAUUACUACGCCACCGCCCUGAAGAGCAGGGCUUACAGCGUGGAGGACUUUCCCCCCGACAACUUGGAGUCGGGGAGCAUGUACAGGAACGGCACUUGCACCUCCAGGAUUACCACUCUCUGAGGAAGCGCGCAGCAGCCUCCCACCCCACCCCCCCCUACGCCCCCCAGGCGCAGGGCAGCCGGGGACUGCGGGCGGGUGGAGUGCGGGGAGGGGUGUUAUUAUUCUGUUUGGAAACAACAGAGUUGGGCACGAAAAGGAACAACAAAGUGUUCCCUGGCCGCCUGCCCCUCACACCACCCCCUCAGUAUUUCAAUUGCGUUGUGUUUGUUCAUGCUACUACGCCCCUAGUCAAUUAUUAACUAAGCGCCCCUCAGAUGGACUUUAGGUUCCUCAGUCUGUUGCUUCCUUCCCGUUGUGUGUGAUCAGCGCGUGUGUGGGUCAGUGAGGUCUCCUGUUGACUUUCUCUGUUUCUUUUUGUGCUCGUCUCCGACUCCCCCACCCCCACCCCCCUUCCCUUUGGUUCACUUGCCAUUGUGGUGGCACAUCGAUGUGCUGCUCUUUUCAGGGUCGUGUUGCUUGGUGUCUAAUUGUUCCUCCCCUUUGGAAGGUACACUGUUGACGGCAGACUUUGCCCCUUGGCAGCCUUAAAACACAAGGGGAUGUUCUGUGAAAAGCUAGGAAAUCGCUCAGUUUAACUCAACUCCUCCUAGCUGAAACCAACACUGACCGGAAAGGGAGACAGGAUUUCUGUUCAGAGUAGAACUAGGAAAGGUCCCUUUCCCUCAGCUGCAGAGAAAGAGCAGACAAGCCUUCAUCCCCCACAAGGGAGAGAAAUGUUUCAGAGGAACAGCCGUGUUAGUCUGUAUUCGCAAAAAGAAAAGGAGUACUUGUGGCACCUUAGAGACUAACCAAUUUAUUUGAGCAUGAGCUUUCCUGAGCCACAGCUCACUUCAUCAGAUGUGUUCACACACAUCUGAUGAAGUGAGCUGUGGCUCACGAAAGCUCAUGCUCAAAUAAAUUGGUUAGUCUCUAAGGUGCCACAAGGGAGAGAAAAGCUCCUCUAAAAGGGGCAGGCAAGCUCAUGAAGUCAUAUUGCAAGUAGGACAGAACUCCAGUGCUCUCUUUCUCUCGGGUAAGAAUGUGAAAAGAUAACGGGGCGCGGGGGGGGGGGGGGGGGUAGUUGGGGGACGCAAACCACUAGAAUUGAGUUCCAUUGAGAUUUGGCAUUCAGUGGCACUCAAGGGGAAACGUCAGUCCCUAUGGAAAUGGAAACGAAAACGCCUCCUAAGAAAGAAACGCGAUUAUUUCAUUAUCUCAGAGCUGCCCAGCAGGCUGCUGAUAACACAGAGAUAUACACCGCCCCGUGACUCGCAUGGAGCAGGGUAUUGGACGGGGAGGUGUGCAAAUAAUAAAGUUUAAAGGGGGCACUAGAGUGUGAAGCUAUUGUCCUGUGAGUGUUACGCUCAACGUGAAACAACCCUCCAGGGAAUAAAAGAGACGCAAGCUGUGAAGGACAGUCGGUGUGGGUGCUUUUGCAGUUCGAACCACAUAGAAUAAGGAAAGUUUAUUGCGGAUCCUUCAUCAGGCUUUAAAAUACUUAUCAGAAACAUACACCUGUCUGUUCAAUAAUAGAUAUUACCUAGCCCCACUUUGCAUCGCUCCUAAACUGAAAGGGGUUUCCUGUAUCAGCAGUGUAAUCUACCUUCUCGGUGCUUCAAUAUAUGUUUGAUUUUGAUUGUCUUUAUGUGUGCGCUUAAUAUAUUGUUUGAUUUCAGUAUUUUCUUUUUUGUUACUGUGUCGUGAAAACGUUCUCUUGGAAGCAAUUCAUUACUCUAUGUACUGAAGUCUUGGCGGCCUCAUACAAGGGAGUGCAUUUUAAAAGGUUUCAGAGUAGUAGCUGUGUUAGUCUGUAUUCGCAAAAAGAAAAGGAGUACUUGUGGCCCCUAGAGACUAACCAAUUUAUUUGAGCAUAAGCUUUCCUGAGCUACAGCUCACUUCAUCGGAUGCAUUCAGUGGAAAAUACAGUGAGGCGAUUUAUAUACAUACAGAACAUGAAAAAAUGGGUGUUAUCAUACACACUGUAAGGAGAGUGAUCACUUAAGAUGAGCUAUUACCAGCAGGAAAGUGGUGGGGGCGGGGGGAAAGAAAACUUUUUGUAGUGAUAAUCAAGGUGGGCCAUUUCCAGCAGUUGACAAGAAUGUCUGAGGAACAUGGGGGGGGGGGGGGAAAUAGUUUUACUUUGUGUAAUGACUCAUCCACUCCCAGUCUCUAUGCAAACUGCUGGAAAUGGCCCACCUUGAUUAUCACUGCAAAAGGUUCCCCCCCAACCCCCACUCUCCUGCUGGUAAUAGUUCACCUUAAGCGAUCACUCUCCUUACAGUGUGUAUGAUAACACCCAUUGUUUCAUGUUCUGUGUGUAUAUAAAUCUCCUCACUGUAUUUUCCACUGAAUGCAUCCGAUGAAGUGAGCUGUAGCUCAUGAAAGCUUAUGCUCAAAUAAAUUGGUUAGUCUCUAAGGUGCCACAAGUACUCCUUUUCAUUUUAAAAGGGUGAUGUUCAAGAAGGCUCCUUCUGGAGAAAAAGAUUAUAACCUUUUUAUAGGCCUUCUUUUUCCAUUGUUUCCCCACAACAAUUCUUUUCCCGUUCUAUUCGCACCUUGAUCAUGCAUAUUUCAGAAUCGAGAAUAUUUUUCUGAUAGAAAAACAGUGCUUUUCUAUUGGAUAAAUGAUGGUGGAAAGCAAAAUCUAACAUUUCUGUUCCCCCUUUAAAGAUUAUCCCAACCUAGACAUACCAGUAACGAUUAUGGUGACAAUAGCAAUUCUGCUUUCUGUUCUUUAUUGCGUUCCUUAAAACAGAACUAAUGUCAAAGACAGUGCGCUAGCGCACUUUUACCAAAUCAUCUCUCUAGCACAAUACUGUGAAUUAUAGGAAUAACUACUGGAGAUCGGAAGCAAAAGGAUAAUUCCCUAAAACGCCUGUAAACACUGCCUACUAAUUGCUAUAUUACUUACUGCGUCCCAAGAGUGUUAAUACUUAACUUACUAAUGUGUCUAGCUCUUUGGGGGGUUCAGUAAGGUUCCGGGAUGAACUGUAGCAUGAACUUUUCUUAGGAGCAAAAAGCAUCAGGCCAUUUUGCAAAUCUCUCCCACCAAAACAUCAGAUAUUGUCAAGUGAAUGUAUAAAUUCUAGUAUCUCUCUAAGGACCUGAUCCAUAGCCCAUUGAAGUGAAUGGAAACUCUCCCACUGACUUCAGUGGGCUUUGGCUCAUCUUCUUUUGAUUUAAAAAAUAAUUGCUAAUAUGGAUGCUGUUACAUCCCUAUUAAAACAUUUUGUGAAAGGCUUUAAAAUCUGUAUAGUUUUAUUCCUUUUUACUUUUACUUUUUACUUUACUUUUACUUUUUACUCAAUUUAAAAGGACCUUCAAAUAAUUUUAAAGGUCAUUGCAAAUUUUAACCUUCAUUUAUAGUAAAAAAAAGAGAGAGAGAAAUCUCUCUUACAGUCUUUAGGAACAUUUCACUGAAGACAGGCAUUGCAUUGUUUAAAACAGACAAAAACCACAGGGUGCCAUGUUUACAUUUUUAGAGCUCCAUUUCAAAUCGUGCUCAUUGUUUCCUUAAAAAGGUAUCAAUCUAGUGCUUUUAUACUGUCAUUUCACCCAGCAAUACUGUAAUGCAGUGUUAGCUUAAUAAACAGAUAUAUUAUACAGUA